GCUCCCAGUGCACCGUGGGAAAGAAGUCGAUCAGCAGGCAACUGUAGAAUUCAACAUGGCUGCUUCGGGCUGUCACUAAGGGGAGUUGUUUUCAACUUAGAGGCGCCUUAGCCUUGCGAGCGAGCCGUGGAAAAUCCUUCCAUAACCUGGUUCAUCGAGGAUCACGAUGGCGCAGUGCGUACAGUCUGUGCAAGAGUUUAUCCAGGACUCGUUCGUGCCUAUGGUGGCCGUCCUGUGCAGCGAAGAUGCGGAGAAAGUGACUCGUAAAAACAACCUGAAUUUCUCCGAGCUGGUGAGGCCUUUUUGUAGGCUCACCUCUGAAGGUCACAUGAGGGACCCCAACAACCAGAUCCAGGUGAUCAAGAACCUGAAGAUCAGCGUGUCCAACGUGGCGACGCAGCCGCCCAAGGCCGCCGCCGUGCGCCGGCUGCUGGACGAGGUGGUGUCCGCCAGCCAGCCCGCCGAGGGCCUGGUGGCCAACGUCAUCACCGCCGGCGACUACGACCUCAACAUCAGCGAUCGCUCGCUUAAAGCUAGUGUUCCGUGGUACGGUAGUUGGAAAGAGACACUGAGGGAGCUGAACACUUCCGAGUUCUAUGCAGCAACCACCCCUUGGUUCGAGGCCUACCGUGAGAACUUCCUCCAGUCCAUGCCGGCGUCUGAGCACGAGUUCCUCAGCCACUACCUGGCCUGCAUGCUGGUGGUGUCGUCCCGCGAGGCUUCGCCCGUGGACCAGUUCCUGAAGCUGUCCCAGGAGCAGCACCGCAUCCAGCACAGCGGCGAGCACAGCUUCCCCAAGUGGUUCAUCCCAAACACGCUCAAGUACUACGUCCUGCUGCAUGACAUCAGCGAGGGGGACGAGCAGAGGGCGGACACCGUGUACGAGGACAUGAAGCAGAGGUACGGGACGCAGGCCUGCUACCUGCUCAAGAUCAACUCGCGCAUGUCCGCCUCCGCCUCGGGCGAGCAGAUCCCCGACCCCUGGAGCCAGUACUUACAGAAGAGCAGUUUCCAAAACCAGGACUUGCAUGAAGAAGGUCCUUCUGCCAUGGUGAAUAACACGACCGUGGAGAACAGCACCAGCGCAGGGGAUGUGGACGGGCUCGAACCUUCAGCCAGAGAUGGGGUUCCCAACAACUUCGACGCCCACCCCCUCCAGCUGGACCACCCCAGCGACCCCGGGGGUCCCCAGGAGAGCCUGGAGCCCCUGAAGCCGCCCGGGUCCGAGGGCAAGAAGCAGGCGGGCGUGGCGCCGCACGGGGCGUGCCUGACGCUCAACGACCACGACCGCAUCCGCCAGUUCAUCCAGGAGUUCACCUCCCGCGGCCUGCUGCCCCACAUCGAGAAGAACAUCCGCCAGCUCAACGACCAGCUCGUUUCCAGGAAAGGUCUCAGCAGGUCCUUAUUUUCUGCCACCAAGAAGUGGUUUGGUGGAGGCAAGGUACCGGAGAAGAGCAUCAGUGAGCUGAAAAACACAGCUGGCCUUCUGUACCCUCCAGAGGCCCCGGAGCUGCAGAUAAGGAAAAUGGCCGACCUAUGCCUCCUGGUGCAGCACUACGACCUGGCCUACAGCUGCUAUCACACCGCCAAGAAGGACUUCCUCAACGACCAGGCCAUGCUGUACGCCGCUGGAGCUCUGGAAAUGGCGGCCGUGUCGGCCUUCCUCCACCCCGGCGCUCCCAGGCCGUAUCCCGCCCACUACAUGGACACGGCCAUCCAGACCUACCGCGACGUCUGCAAGAACAUGGUGCUGGCCGAGCGGUGUGCGCUGCUCAGCACCGAGAUCCUGAAAAGCCAGGCGAAGUACUCCGAGGCCGCCACCCUCCUCAUCAAGAUGACCAGCGAGGACUCGGACCUGCGCAGCGCCCUGCUCCUGGAGCAGGCGGCCCACUGCUUCAUCAACAUGAGGAGCCCCAUGGUGCGCAAGUUCGCCUUCCACAUGAUCCUGGCGGGACACAGGUUCAGCAAAGCGGGACAGAAGCGGCACGCGCUGCGGUGCUACUGCCAGGCCAUGCAGGUGUACAAGGGCAAAGGCUGGUCCCUGGCGGAGGACCACAUCAACUUCACCAUCGGCCGCCAGUCCUACACGCUGCGGCAGCCGGACAACGCCGUGGCCGCCUUCCGCCACAUCCUCAUCAACGACAGCAAGCAGGCCGCCUCCCAGCAGGGGGCCUUCCUGCGCGAGUACCUCUACGUCUACAAGCAGAAUGUGAGCCAGUCGUCCCCAGCAGAGGGCGCCCUUCCCCAGCUGCCCCUGCCCUGCAUCCAGAGUUCCGCCACGCGCGUCUUCUUCGGCCACGACCGGCGGCUGGCAGAAGGGGAGAAGCAGGCCGCCACCCACGUGAGUUUGGACCAGGAGUACGACCGGGACCUGUCCCAGCAGUGGAAGGAGCUGGAGGAGCAGGUGGUGGCCAUCGUCCACCGGGGGGUCCUCCCCGCCAACUUCCAGCCCACCCAGUACUGCCUGAACGGCCAGACGGACAACACGCGCUUCCCCCUGGCCGUGGUGGAAGAGCCCGUCAUCGUCGAGGUGGUGUUCCGGAACCCUCUGAAGGUCCCCCUCAUCCUGACGGACCUGUCGCUGCUCUGGAAGUUCACCCCGAAGGACUUCUCCCGCGCACAGGGCGAGGAGGCGGGGGAGUCUGUGAGCAACGAGAAGGAGGCGCGCGAUCUGGAGGCACCAUUAAAAAACGAUUUCAUCAGCACUGAGGUAAUAUCGGAGUUUUUCAUGAGCCUGGAAGAGACUAAAGUGGCUCGUCUGAAGCUCCUCCCCCACCAGACGGGGGAGCUGCACAUCCUGGGCGUGGUCUACAACCUGGGCACAGCGGCCUCUGCUGGCGAAGGCGUGGGCGAAGGGUUGACCGUGCGCGGUCGGCAGGACCUGGAGAUCCAGGGCCCUCGUCUGAACGGGACCAAAGAGGAGAAGACCUCCGUCCAGCACGGACCCGACCGGCGCCUCGACCCCAUCAUCACCCCGCCCAUGCCCCUGCUGGAGGUGUUCUUCAUUAACUUCCCCACGGGGCUGCUGUGCGGAGAGAUCCGGAAGGCCUACGUGGAGUUCGCCAACGUGAGCGCAGUGGCGCUGACCGGCCUGCGGGUGGUGUCCCGCCGCCCCGAGUUCUUCACCUUCGGCGGGCGGGCGGCGCCCCUCACCCCCCUGAGCCCCACCGCCUCCGAGAACUGCAGCGCCUACAAGACCGUGGUGUCGGACCAGGCCGCCGCCGCCGUCGCCGCGGCCCACGCCCCCGCCUCGCUGGUGUCCCCGGCCGAUUUCGGGGCCGGGGCCGGCGCCGGUGGGGGGGACGGCCGCUGCCCCGGGGUGCUGGACAUCCCGCUGCCCGACGCCGUGCUCCAGCCCGGCGCCUCCGUGCAGCUGCCGCUGUGGCUGCGGGGGCCCGACCGCGAGGGCGUGCACGAGAUCAACUUCCUGUUCUACUACGAGAGCGCCGAGAAGACGUCCAAGCUCAGUCACCGGGUGCUGUGCCACACUGCGGUGAUCUGUGCCAGCCGCUCCCUGAGCGUGAGGGCCACGGCGCGGAGGAGCAACACCUUCCAGGAGCAGGAGGACGGGCACGGCGGCAGCAUGCUGGUCUUCGUGGACGUGGAGAACGUCAACACUAGUGAGGCGGGGGUGAGGGAGUUCCAUGUUGUGCAAGUCUCCAGCAGCAGUAAGCAAUGGAGGCUGCAGAAGUGCAUAAACCCGUCCAAAGACAAAGAUUCAAAACUCACGAGUCGGCAGAGGGGCAAGCUUUGCUUCAGAGCUACCAAAUGCAGGACUGUUGAAGCUACCUCAAAUGCACAAGAGAAGUACACCUUUGCCGACGUAAACCUGGGAAACGAACAGAUAAUCAGCGCCACCACACCCUGCGCCGACUUCUUCUUCCGCCGGUGCCUGUCCGCGGAGGCGAAGAAGAAGGGCGCGGGCGGGGCGCACGGCGGUUUGGGGCACUCCAGGGGCGCGGGCGCGGACACGAGCGCGGAGGACCUGGCCGGCGUGGUCCGAAAGUGCAGCGAGGUGGACCUCAACGUCAUCGUGCUCUGGAAGGCGUACGUGGUGGAAGACAACAAGCAGCUCAUCUUGGAGGGCCAGCUCCACGUAGCCCUCCAGACCAUCGGGAAGGAAGUGUGCUCCUUGACUCCCAAAGAGGAAGCUCAAGAAAUGGUUCUGCUGAAAUUCAGACCCGAACACCCUCCUCCUCUGGCCAGGCCGUCGAUGGAGCAGCUUUCCUAUCUAAUCAAGACCAACCUGCACUACCCCGAAUCCUACAGUCACCCCUUUCCACAGAGGAGUCUGUGCAUGGUGCCCGUCACCCUCAGGCUCUCCAACUGCUCCCUGGCGCAGGUUGAUGUCAUCAUAGACUUGAGACACAAAGCCACCAGCCCCGAGUCUCUGGAGGUCCACGGCUCGUUCACCUGGCUGGGGCAGACGCAGUACAAGCUGCGGCUGCGUGCGCAGGAGAUCCAGCGGCUGCAGCUGAAGGCCUGCUUCAUCCACGCGGGCGUGUACAACCUGGGCACGCCCCGCGUCUUCGCCAAGCUCUCCGACCAGGGCUCCAUGUGCGAGACCAGCCAGCAGAACUCUAUGCCGGCUCUCAUCAUCAUCAACAGCGUCUGAACUAACUUUAGA